AAAUGGGGGACUCUGAUGACGAAGUGCAGUCGGAACCUGAAUCUGAAGGAGAACAUGUACCAGAAACACCACAAGUGCAGGAAGAGCAGGAACCAUUACCAGAGCAGGAACCAGAGCCAGAACCACCACCAGAACCUGAACCUGAGGGUGAAGUAGAGCAGAACGUUGAACAAGCAGUCUCAAACGCUCCGGUUGAAGAAGCUCCAGUUCCUCACUCGCCAAUUCCGGACACUGACGAGGAAGACUUCGAUGAGGUCGAAGAAGAGGAACACAGCGCUUGCUACUACGUAUGGGUUGUGCUUUCCGUGACUUUCAUUUCACUCAUCGUGCCACUGAGCAUAUUUUUUCUGCCCCAUCUUGCUUUCCUCGCCAAGCAUCACACCUCCCCUACCCCGUGGCAGACGGUCAUGCCAGAGAGGGAAAAGAAAGAGGAUAUGAUGAAUGCUACAUGCGGUCUCCACCUUGUGCAAGACACUGCCCCGUACGUGACGGACAACAGCUUGCCUCCUUUUAACAGCAGCACCACGUUCAGGCGCCACCGCACUGUGUUCUGCGUAUUCGACACAGCGUACCACCGGAGCGAAAUGGUGUACCUCCCAAAGAAUGUCCCAUUUACCUUCUGUACCUACAUUAUUUUCUAUUCUGUGAGCUUGUCUCCGAAUGGAUUAACCUUCAAGCGGCCCAACAUGGAUCCGCAGUACAUCGAAGAGUUCAACACUAUGAAGGCAGACGGUACCCUGCAACAUCCGAACGGCGACGGUAUUCCGCUCGUCAUAACUCUGGGUGGAGACGCAACGGAUGCGGAAAAUAUUUCUAAAGCACUAAGGAAGCCCUCAUCACGAACCACGGCAGCACACCUGAUCGUACGAUUCCUUAUGCGAUACGAGCUCCAGGGCAUAAAUAUCCACUGGGAUCAUCCGAAAGGUCAAUGUGGUGUUGCCGAGGACACUGAGGACCUCGUAUCUUUCAUCGGAGAGCUGAGAAACGUUGAAGCUACCGUUACGUCAAUUCCCAUGACGGUGAUCGUGACCCUACCACCCCUCAUACAAGAUCUAAGACUGUACGCGGCCAACAAGUAUGCGGAUAAGGUAAACUACGUCGCCGUAGCAACGCACCGCCUCUUGCGUGGACAAAACGUUGUUGAAUGCAAAGACAGAGGAGCAGAGUCGAACGCGAUCAUUCAUCAGGUGCAUGUGGCCAUCAGCAAGUUUCCGCACAGGAAGGUGUGUAUGUCCAUAUCAGUUGGACCGUCCACAUUCACCGCAAUGUAUCCGACACUUGGAACGUCUGGCAAGACUGGUGCAGCAAUUGACCCCACCACAAAGCAGCCUGGCAAAGCCGGCUACUACAAGGUAUGCAAGAUGCGGAUGCAGACCAACACAGGGGACCCAGAAUGCUCCAUCAACUACGAUGGCCCCAACGUAGCCACAUUCUCAAGUCCUGAAAACCUAAAAUACCGCAUGCAGCAAACGUAUGAUCAAGGCCUAGGGGACAUAUGCGUCGUGAUCUUCGACAUGGACCUGGAUGACUUCGCCGGCGAGUGCCCUAGACACGGGCACCUGCAUUCUCCACUGACAGCCACUAUUAUUUCGUCAUAGUCCCAGAAUAACUUUACUAUUACUUUACUUUACUAUGUCUAGAUAGUAACUUUGUUAUAGACUUUCCAUAGGCAGCAUCACCUUGCGUCUGGAGGCAACAACGAGACGCACAGAAGACAUUACCCUUAGGCUUUAUCCCGUAUCACAAGACUUCCCUUGUUCUGAGUAUCAUAUCAGAGAUCUUCUGGUGUCAGCCCUUUCCGUACAUGCGUAUCGAUAAAGAGAAUACGCUGAAGUUGUCUAAAUAACGACAUAAACUGUCACACAGC